AUGCCGCGAUUGGCUCCAAUGCAGCAGCACUUUGGGGCGGUCAUCUCGGAUCGCGAGCCGGAAUCGAAGGAUCUGGCAGCCUCGCAAGAGCUGGAGAAGUUUCUCAAGGCGAUGGGGUUGUACGAGAACGCGGAGGGAUCGAAGAGGCGUAAGGCGGUGCUGCUGAUGCUGCUGAAGCUAGUGAAGGAAUGGAGUGGGAAGAUAGCGGCGGAGGAGGGCCUCGACAAGGAGGAGGUCUCGCCGGCCACUCUCAAGACUUUCGGCUCGUACCACCUAGGAGUUCACACGCCGGACGCGGACAUCGAUGUGCUAUGCCUGGCACCUCGGCACUGCUCCCGAGAGUCGUUCUUCACCUCCUUCUGCCAGAUACUCCGCAACCACACCGAGAUAGACGAGCUAUUCCCCGUGCCGGAAGCUUACACACCCGUGAUCAAGUUCAAGGCCCAGGGAGUAAGCAUCGACAUGCUCUUCUGCUCUCUGCACUACCCGAAACUGCCCCGCCUUUGCAACGUCCACGUCCAGGAGCACCUGCGCCACCUGGACGAUGCGGGAGUCCGCAGCCUUAACGGAGUGAGGGUGGCGGAGCUCAUACUGUCCCUGGUGCCCAACCACCAAGCCUUCCGGACCACUCUCAGGGCGGUCAAGGAGUGGGCUAGGCGGCGGGGGAUAUACAGUAACGUGCUGGGCUGCUUGGGCGGGGUUAACUGGGCAAUCCUGGUGGCCUUCGUGGUGCAGAGGUACCCCAACGCUUCGCCCUCGGUGCUGCUCACCAAGUUCUUCCUCAUGUACCACCGCUGGAAGUGGCCCAACCACGUGUCUCUCAACGAGCUGCAGAGUCUCCAGGAGACGAACGUUACGGAAGGGCACCCGUUCCCCCUGCACGCCGUGUGGAACCCCGUGGCAAACCCGCGGGACAAGGCGCACCUCAUGCCCAUCAUCACACCCGCCUACCCGGCGAUGAACUCGAGCUACAACGUGGGGGAGCCGCAGAUGCGCCUCAUCAGAGAGGAGAUCGCUCGCGGGUGGAGGAUAACGAAAGGGAUCAGCCUCGGCAUUGCGAACUGGGCAAACCUGUUUGAGCGCAGCGACUUUUUCUGGCGAUUCGAGCUAUACGUACAGGUGGACAUCUCGGCACGAAGCGCGGCGGACCACCGUCUGUGGUUCGGUUGGAUCGAGUCGCGCAUGCGCAGCUUCCUCGUGUGUCUGGACCAAAUCGACAUGGUGGAGGCCUACCCGUUCGUUAACCCGCUGCCGAACCCGUAUUUGACCAACGCUGAGACCGGGGCUGUGGGGAACUCGUUCUUCAUCGGGUUGGGUUUCCCUGAGGUCGCGAACGGAAGGAGUCCCUCAGGGGUGCCGGUCGACCUCACUCCCGCCUGGAGAGAUUUCAUGAUGCGGGUGGAAUUGUGGGGAGACCGGCGAAGACGGCGCGAAGGAAUGGAGGUGGAUGUCAAAGCCGUCAACGUCCACCUCCCCUUUUCCCG